AUGCCAUCCCCCGCGGUCGAGAUCGCGUCCGUCACCUCCACUGAGCCAUCGACAUUGGCCUCUGCCUCGACCUCGACCUCGACCGCACCGAAUCCAGCUGCCGGCGACGUCGAGAUGGCCACUGCUACAGCGCACGCGCUCGACGGCGAACAAGCAGCACAACAGCCAGAGCCAGAGCCAGAGCAAGAGCAAGAGGAGGAAGAACCCCGCUUCGAAGUCGUCUACAUCAACAACCUCAACGAAAAAGUCAAGCUUGCCGGUCAGUCCUCACCGCUCCUCCCCCGACCUCGCCCCACCACCACCACCACCACCACCACCACCCCCACCACCCCCAUGCUGAUCCCUGAUCGCCCACUCCACACAGUGAUGAAACAAUCGCUGACGACGCUCUUCAAAGAGUACGGCAAGGUGCUCGGCGUCACACUCCACCGCAACGUCAGGAUGCGAGGACAGGCCUUUGUGACCCUGCUCGACCCCAAAGCCGCUCAACUCGCCGUCAAGGAGGUCAAGGGGUUCCCUCUGUAUGGCAAACCCAUGGUCAGUUAUUUGCCUUUCUUCGUUCCGCCAUUCGUUAAGCUCUGACGGGACCCCUCCCUUCCCCGAGGCCACGCCGUGCAACUGCGCCCAGCUGCUGACCCCGACCCGACCCCUGACCCCUGACCCCUUACCCCCCUUCUCACCGCACCUCGUACAAAACCCCCCACAGCAACUCGCCUUUGCCAAGACAAGAUCGGACGCACUCGUCAAGAAGAAGGACCCCCAACACAUGUCAGAACACAUCGCAGAACGCACAGUACGAAAGAGUACGCUACCUCGGUUCGGCUUCGGUCAGGUGCCGGCGCACAAGAUCACUCCCCGAACUGACCCGUGCCAUGACCCCUGAGCAGAGGUGUCGAGGAGAGAGAACCCGCUGCGAAAGAAGGAACUACAGAAAAAGUUGGCCGCUAAGCAAGGUAGGGCUCAGCGUCCCCUCGUCAGCUCACCCGGGCCCUAGAAACUGACGACCGAAUCCGCCUUCCCCUGUCGCGAGCGCAGCCGCCGAAGCAGCAGCAGCCGCAUCAUCUUCUCUACCCGACGCCGGAGCCUCGACCUCGGCCUCGACGACCGCAAAUGGCGCGCCAACCUCGACGACGACGACAGCGGCCCCACGUCGCCAAGUCCAAAUGCCGGACGAGUACCUCCCCCCCAACAAGAUCCUCUUCAUCCAAAACCUCCCUUCCAAAACGACCAAAGCCCACCUCGAAGCCGUAUUCGCGCCUUAUCCUGGCUUGGUCGAAGUGCGUACGAUCCCCGGAAGGAGCAAUAUCGCCUUCGUCGAAUUCGUCGAUGAGGUGCAGUCCGCACCGGCCAAGGAGGCGUUGCACAAUACCAAACCAUGGGAGGAGGUCAUGCCCGGUGAUGAGGAGGCAGGGUUGAGGAUCAAGGUCACGUUCGCCAAGAUGUAG